AUGAUAAGGACCAUCUAUACGAGUUUUACAAAACGACUACCCUUCUUUAGCCAUGCUCGAUUAUAUCGUGUUCUCGCAUUGGAAUCCUCUUGUGACGACUCAUGUAUUGCCCUUCUUGAACGUACCAAACCAAAUGAAACACCAACGAUUAUAGACCACGCGAAAAAGACACUUCAUUCGGCUGAUGUUGGUGGCAUAAUGCCUACUGCAGCAUACACGUACCAUAUGGCUACUAUAGGCAACAUGUGUCGUGAAUUUUGUCUCAAAAAUGGUGUAUCAGCCACUUCACCACCUGAUCUCAUUUGUGUUACCCGAGGUCCAGGGAUGGCGGGGUCUCUAAGUAGCUCGACUGAGUUUGCAAAGGGAUUAAGUGUUGCUUGGGGUGUACCAUUAAUUGGCGUGCACCACAUGUUGGGUCAUUUGUUAACUUCUUUUCUCCCUCAACUGCAAACAUCACCACAGGAGCAACCACCUCAGUUUCCGUUUUUGAGUUUACUAUGUAGUGGAGGACAUACUUUACUUGUGUUGCUGAAAUCGGUAUCUGAACAUGAGAUAAUUAUAAAUGUGAGUGAUAUUGCCGUGGGCGAUUCAUUAGAUAAAUGUGCACGAGAAUUGGGCAUGUAUGGAAACAUGUUGGGCAGGGAAUUAGAAAUGUUUAUAAACAAUAUCCCGCAAGUUGAGAAGGAUGAAUUUGAAGCUUUGAAUGUCGACACCAGGAUCAGCAACAAGUACAAUUUUCGACUAAACUUGCCGUUUCAAACACCUAAAAAUGGCAAACUCAACGAAGGUAAAUUACAAUUUGCAUUUGCCCAAUUCUUAAGUAAUAUACAAGAGUACAAGAAGAAAUUCUACGUUGCGGAGUCAGGCUCAAGUGAGUUUGACGCAAAGACGAAACGAAUGAUUGCAUACAAGACGCAAGAAUAUAUAUUUGAUCACAUUAUCGAGCGGAUAAAUUUAUCAUUCAAGAAACAUGGAAUACGAAAUCGACAAGCUGACGGAAAAUUCACUGGUGUCAAGGAUUUCGUAUGUGCCGGAGGAGUGGCUGCAAAUAAACGACUUCGUGAAAAAUUAUUCACCAAUUUGAAAUUUGAUGAAAUUGGAGAUGAUCCGUUGCAAUUUCAUUUCCCUGAUUUGGCAUUGUGCACCGAUAAUGCCAUCAUGAUUGGAUUAACAGGGAUGGAAAUAUUUGAAAAAAUGCAUUUAAAAACUGAUUUGAGUUUUACGCCAUUAAGGAAGUGGCCAUUGAAUGAAUUAACUUCUGUUGAUUCUUGGGUUGAGGUAACUGAGGAUGAGAUUAAUAGAAUUUGUAAAUACUAA